AUGUUUUGGCGCUUCGGAGGCUAUGCGCAGCUGUCGUCGCUGGACAGCAUCCUCGACAAGCCUGACGUCACAGUCGAGGAGCUGCUGGACGAGUCGGAUCUCAUACAAGAGCUCAAGCAGCAGAAUUCGAAGCUUAUCGAGUACCUACGCGACGAGAAGGUCUUGAAACGUCUGCUGCGCUAUGUCAUCGCCGUGAAGCCGUCCGCAUCGCUCGACGAUGAGGCGGCUGGGGAAGGCGCGAUCGAGGCUGGAAGCUCGCACCGCACCGGCGCCAGCUUCUUCGGCAAGGUGAGGGCGCGUUCGGUGUCUGCGGCCAAGUCCGACUCGGGCGACUCUGAGGAAAGCAAGGAAGAGCGACAGCGUAUGAAGUACGCCUAUGUGUCGUGUGAGAUCCUCGCAUCUGAGGUCUGGUCGAUAUCGGAGGCGGUACUCGAGAAUCAGGAGACGCUGCGCCAGUUCUGGAGCUACAUCAAGCAGUCCGCCCCCCUCGAUCCUGUUCAGGCUGGGUACUUUACCAAAGUCAAUGAGUCGCUGCUGGACCGCAAGAUGGAGGAGAUGUUGGACUUCUUCAAAUCUCUCGACGGCGUCGUCACAGACAUGCUGCAGCACGUUGACUGCCCCGUCAUCAUGGACCUUCUCUUGAAGAUCAUCAGCCUUGAGAAGAGCGAGGGCGGACAAGGCAUCGUCGACUGGUUACAACAACAAAAUCUCAUCCCACGUCUGAUUUCCUUCCUUGCGCCAGACCAGUCCACAUCCACACAAACGUCGGCCGGCGACUUCCUCAAGGCUAUCAUUACCAUAUCUGCCAACGCCACCACCCAGGACCAAUCCGUGAUAGGACCCAACGAGUUGACACGCCAACUUGUGUCCGAAUCAUGUCUUAAGCAGUUGAUCGAGUUUAUGUUGCGUGGUGGCAAUCCUUUGACUGUUGGGGUUGGGAUCAUAAUCGAGGUUAUAAGAAAGAACAAUUCUGAUUACGAUUUGGAGAAUCAGAUUGGGCCUGUGCCGAAGAACUCGGAUCCCAUCUACUUGGGAACGCUGCUGCGCCAGUUUGCGCUUCACAUCCCAGAUUUCAUGGAACUGGUCCACAGCCCAAGCCAAGUCGUCACCAAUCUCGACGGCAGUACCAGGACAAGGAAGCGGGAGUUGAAGACUGCGUUUGGCGAGAAGAUUGAACCCCUCGGAUUCGAUCGAUUCAAAACUUGCGAAUUGAUGGCGGAGUUGUUACACUGCAGUAACAUGGCUCUGCUCAAUGAACGAGGAAGUGAAGCUGAAGUGAGGAGGCGGGAUAGCGAACGCGAACGGCUGAAGGCGGAGGGCACGCUCACUUCUGGAGCCAAUCUCGGCGACUUCUCGACUAGUGUGGACAGCCAAGGCUUCCACCACGCUCGCGCUCCCUCUGAGGACUCGCCUGAAGAGAUCAAGCCACUCCAGGUACAGAACAGCGCGGAAGACGACUUUGAAAAGGUCACUGCACCCGAAGUUCCGGUCGAGGCUUCAGAGGAGAACACCGUUGAAAAAGACCAGAUUGGCGAGCCAUUGGAACGCUCGCCCAAGACUGCAUCAAAAGAGUCGCCAUUCGAGAAGACUGGCGACGACGAAGACAAACUCGUUGACGAGCCUCUCACCCCACCGAAAGAUACGGCCUCACCUGUCGCUGCUACGUCAAUUACAAGCAAAACAGAUGACAAUGCUGAAUCACCCACGUCGGCAGGUCUGUCUGCCAAGGUCGGUGAUAUUGAUCUGGACAACGACACUUUGAUGAACGACCUUCAAGAAUCAUCAGAAACUGCGAAGCCCGAGUCCGAGACCAAAACACUUCCAUCACUACUGACCCAACAGCUGGCCCAGACUGCAGCACCUGGCAGCUCAGAUACAUCGGAACAGCUAUCACCACAUGUAGACGACAGGCCUGCACCGCUUUUCGCGGGUAAGAACCGUGAUAGCAACACUGAACCUGCCAAGCUCGAUACUUCGCGGUUUACGGCGGCCCCAGAAUUUGAUCCAUUAGAGGCCACACCCAUUGACGAGACCGCCAGCGUACGCUCUGUGGUUUUCGGUAGCUCGGACACGGGUGGCCACGCAGGGUUUGAAGUAGAUGUCGACGGAGCUCCUGUGGUUGGUGAUUAUCUGAAGAUGACGUUUGUGCACAACAAGGUCGUCCCAACAAUACUUGACUUCUUCUUUCGUUUCCCUUGGAACAACUUCCUUCAUAACGUCGUGUACGAUGUUGUCCAGCAAGUGUUUAAUGGCCACAUGGACCGAGGCUACAACCGCAAUCUAGCGAUCGAUCUCUUCGAGACAGGACGGAUCACGGAGCGGAUCAUAGAAGGACAGCAGGCGAGUGACAAGGCUCAGCAAGAAACCCACAUGCGGUUGGGGUACAUGGGUCACCUUACCCUUAUCUCGGAAGAGGUGCUGAAGUUUACGGAACGACACCCAGAAGAGAUUCUUUCACGGAGUGUGCUCGACAAGGUGCAGAGCGAGCAAUGGAUACACUAUGUCGAAAACAUUCUGUCCGAGACGCGUGAGCGCGACAACGCGAUUCUUGGUGGGGUUCGACCCGACAUGAGCGUCGGCCCACGACAGGCGGUACUCAAUGCAGUAAACGCAGCAUCGAAUUUUGGCGGAGAAAGCGGCAGCGGCGGCUUGACAAGCGGCAGCAACGGCGGCAACGUGGGCCUCGAUAGCAUGGAGCUCGCCAAUCAGGAUGAUACUGGAGGUGGUGGGUACACCUUCAGCGGUGGCUCCUUGCUUAGUGGCUUUACUAACUCGAGUGACGAAGAAGACGAGGACAUGGAUGACGGCGAUGGCGAUCGAGAAACACGGCAGACGCCAGUCGACGAUGCCGAACAAGUGGGUGAACUCUCAUUUGACGAUGUUGAUAUGGACUACCGGUGA